UACUUAAAUAUUUUGGACUUUUACAAAGGCUUUUUUCUAUUUUCAGGAUUCCUGAUCUAAGGAACCAAACUUUUAAAAAAUGAGAACCUUAAUAUUAAUUUUAAUCGCAAAACUACUGAGCCAUGGUGUGACCCCCGUGGUGUCACUUCUCACCCUCCCCUCAGUAAAUAACCUGUACACAGCUGACAGAGAAGACUCGCUGAGGUCUGAGCUUUUUAAAUCCUACCAGAAGAAUUCCAGGCCCGUCCCACUGGUCGACGUACGAUGUAACAUGAAGCUUCUAUCUAUCAAGGACCUGGACACCAGAGAGCAAACAAUGUCCUCUGUGGCCUAUUUUACUUUUAUUUGGAAUGAUACGCGUUUAGAUUGGAGUGGCAAUUCAAUGUAUUCUGAUAUUGAGUCUAUAUACAGCACUGAGACUGCAGUUUUCACGCCUCCAAUAGUUGUUGAAAAUUCAGUCAUGAAUUUAGGAGUGAUAAGUGAUACAACAUUACCCAUAAAGAUAGUUCAAACUGGGGAGACCACGUGGUCACCAGGUGACAUCUACGUCACGUCAUGUGACAUUGAUACCACUUAUUAUCCGUUUGACGAACAGACAUGUGUCAUAACUAUAACAACACGAGGCUACACAGCCAACCAGAUAACUCUUUCAUUUGAUCAAGUUCCAAUUAUUCGCUCGGCAUAUCAAGACAAUGGCGAAUGGGCUUUUGUUAAAAGUUCUACGAGUACAUCUCUUUCUUACAGAGGCAAUGAAGUCUAUUCUCAACUAAACUUCAAUUUUACUCUGAAACGUCGAACAACAUUUCAUUUAUUGAACACUAUCCUUCCUAUGUUUUUACUUGCCUCCAUGGUAUGCUUCGUGUUCAAAUUGCCGGUAGAUUCAGGAGAUAAACUCGGAUACAGCUUGACGGUUUUGUUGGCGAUUGCUGUAUACCUCACUUUGGUAGCUGAUAAUAUUCCAACAACAUCUACCUACACAUCGUAUCUAUCUGUGUACUUGAAUGUGAUGUUGGGUAUUGCGGUAGCUUCGGCCCUGCUGACAAUUUUCGUCAUAAACAUCCACUUCACACCUGAGGAGGAAGAGAUCUCGGAGUUUGUUCAGAGCCUUGCUAAAUUCGGCUCACAACUGGUUUGCUGGAAACACCCGUGUUGUCGCACAACCGACAAAUCUACAGUGGAUGUCCUUCCCUAUACGGACAAGAUUGAUUUAGAGAGCGUUGCUGCAAACAACAAUUACGAGUUUACAUGGCCAGAGAUUGCGAAGAUACUGGAUGCUUUCUUUUUCCGACUGUAUAUCGUGUUAAUGGUUAUAAUGACUACUGCAUUUGCUGUAGUAAUGGCGAUGCCUAGUUGGAAUUAGCGUUUUAAUCCACUUGCUACGUCUGGAGAAAAAUUGGUGGAGUGUAUUAAUUAUGAUUAACAGAUACAUAAAAACAGAGACAUUAAAAAUGAAUUACUGGUUCGCCGACAA